GUGAUGACGCGCUGCCCAGCUCGACUCUCUAUUGGCUGAAGCGUUUGUUUAUUUUUACAACACUGACUAGUUUGGUUUCACUCGCAACCUGUCAAACCUAACGACGAACCGCUAAGAGAAGAUUAAACCCGCUCUGAAGACUCUAAUAAAUUAUUGCUGUUCUCUCUAAAACAAGGCUGCUUUGUGCUUGGGAGCACUGGUAUGAUUCGUUGUGAAGCUUGCUCAAGGAAAACGUGUGAAAAAUCCAGUGCAAAUCAUCCAGUUUGCCUGGCUCAGAUUCUUCACCUGCAUCCACAAGUGCUCAUUUCUCAGCCAAACUCACAGACUCCAGGUUGGGCAAAGCCUUGCCCGUGGCCCGUGUCCACACAGCGCCCCAGCGGCGGCACACGCUGAGUGUUGGCGUGCGAUGGCGCGGCGGGACUCUGAUAGUUGCCGCUGUGGACUGUGAUGUCAGAGCCCAGCAGCCCGGGCGAGAGCCAGCGUGGCGCUCCCAAAUUCUUCGUGGGCUGCGACGAGGAUGAGCGCGAGGGCCUGGACGGCUACGGCAGCAUGAGGACAGACAUGGAUCUGUACGAGGAUGACCUGGAGGCAGACUCGCCUCCAGAGCGUCAGAUUGUGGUGGGGAUCUGCUGUAUGAUGAAGAAGUCCAAGUCCAAGCCCAUGACUCAGAUACUGGAGCGUCUGUGCAAGUUUGAGUACAUCACUGUGGUCAUCUUCCCCGAGGACGUCAUACUCAACGAGCCGGUGGAGAAAUGGCCCCUCUGUGACUGCCUCAUCUCCUUUCACUCCAAAGGUUUCCCGUUGGAUAAGGCCGUGCGUUAUGCCAAACUCCGUAACCCACUGCUGAUCAACGACCUCAAUAUGCAGUACUACAUACAGGACAGGAGGGAGGUGUAUCGCAUCCUGCAGGAGGAAGGAAUCGACCUGCCACGCUACGCUGUGCUGAACAGGGACCCAGACAAACCUGAUGAGUGUAACCUGGUUGAGGGGGAGGACCAUGUGGAGGUGAACGGCGAGAUCUUCCCCAAACCCUUUGUAGAGAAGCCAGUCUCAGCAGAAGACCACAAUGUGUAUAUCUACUAUCCGACCUCAGCUGGUGGAGGGAGCCAACGCCUUUUCAGGAAGAUCGGGAGCCGGAGCAGUGUCUAUUCCCCUGAGAGCAGCGUCAGAAAGACUGGCUCCUACAUCUAUGAAGAAUUCAUGCCUACAGAUGGCACAGAUGUGAAGGUGUACACAGUAGGGCCUGAUUAUGCUCACGCUGAGGCUCGUAAGUCUCCCGCCCUGGAUGGCAAAGUUGAACGAGACAGUGAAGGAAAAGAAGUACGCUACCCUGUUAUGCUCACUGCUAUGGAGAAAUUGGUGGCUCGAAAAGUGUGCCUGGCUUUUAAGCAAACGGUGUGUGGGUUUGACCUCCUCCGGGCUAACGGACACUCGUACGUGUGUGACGUCAACGGCUUCAGCUUUGUGAAGAACUCUAUGAAAUAUUAUGACGAUUGUGCCAAGAUACUUGGGAAUAUUGUGAUGAGGGAGCUGGCUCCCCAGUUCCAUAUUCCCUGGUCUAUUCCCACAGAGGCAGAGGACAUUCCCAUAGUCCCUACCACAUCCGGCACCAUGAUGGAGCUGCGUUGCGUGAUUGCGGUAAUCCGCCAUGGAGACAGAACACCAAAACAGAAAAUGAAGAUGGAAGUCAGAAAUCCCAUGUUUUUUGAGCUGUUUGAAAAGUAUGGGGGUUACAAAACCGGCAAGCUGAAACUGAAGAAACCGAAACAGCUGCAGGAAGUGCUGGACAUUAGCAGACUGCUGUUAGCAGAUCUGGGGCAGCACGGUGACUGUGAGAUCGAAGAGAAGUCAUCAAAACUGGAGCAGCUUAAGACUGUUUUGGAAAUGUAUGGCCAUUUCUCUGGGAUAAACAGGAAAGUGCAGCUGACUUACCUUCCCCACGGGCAGCCUAAGACUUCCAGUGAGGAAGAAGACACACGCAAUGAAAAUCCGUCCUUGCUGCUAGUGUUAAAGUGGGGAGGUGAGUUAACUCCUGCAGGCCGAGUACAGGCAGAGGAGCUGGGUCGAGCCUUCCGCUGCAUGUACCCAGGAGGUCAAGGGGAUUAUGCUGGCUUUCCUGGCUGCGGCCUACUUCGGCUCCACAGCACCUAUCGCCACGACCUCAAGAUCUACGCCUCAGAUGAAGGCAGGGUGCAGAUGACUGCAGCUGCCUUUGCUAAGGGGUUGCUGGCACUGGAGGGCGAGCUGACGCCCAUUCUGGUGCAGAUGGUGAAGAGUGCUAACAUGAACGGCCUGCUGGAUAAUGACCUCGACUCACUGAGCGGCUGCCAGCAGCGUGUCAAAGCCAGGCUUCAUGAGAUCAUGCAGAAAGAUGAAGACUUCACUGAGGAAGAUUUUGACAAGCUGGCUCCAACAGGCAGCCCCUCUAUGGUGACCUCUAUGAAAGCUGUUGAAAAUCCAGUGAGAACAUGCGACAAAGUCUACAGCCUCAUCCAGAGCCUCAUUCGCCAAAUCCAAAAUAGACUCGAGGAUCCCAAAUCUGCAGAUCUGCAGUUGUACCACAGCGAGACUUUGGAGAUGAUGCUGCAGCGCUGGUCUAAACUGGAGAGGGACUUCUACAUGAAGAGUGGACGCUACGACAUCAGCAAGAUCCCAGACAUCUAUGACUGUGUGAAGUAUGAUGUUCAGCACAACAGUUCCCUUGGCCUGGAGGACACUGUAGAACUGUUCACCCUGUCACGAGCACUGGCAGACAUCGUCAUACCACAGGAAUAUGGCAUUAACAAGAUGGAGAAGUUGGACAUUGCGUAUGGCUACUGUCUGCCUCUGAUCAAGAAGAUCCUGCUGGACCUGCAGAGGACUCACGAGGACGAGUCUGUCAACAAGCUUCAUCCACUGUAUUCCCGUGGUGUGCUGUCACCAGGCAGGCAUGUACGGACACGGCUGUAUUUCACCAGUGAGAGUCACGUCCAUUCACUGCUUAGCAUCUUCCGUUACGGAGGCCUGCUGGACGAGGACAGUGACCAGCAAUGGAAGAGGGCCAUGGACUAUCUAAGUGCUGUGCCCGAGCUCAACUAUAUGACCCAGAUAGUUAUCAUGCUGUAUGAGGACAACAACAAGGACCCCUCCUCAGAAGAGCGCUUUCAUGUCGAGCUGCAUUUCAGCCCCGGGGUUAAAGUGUGUGAAGAAGAAAACGCACCAAUGGGCUUCGGUUUCCGUCCUGCUUCUUCUGAGAAUGAUCAGAAGCAGACAGAUCCUGGAAGUUUGGAGAACCUUGUGCGGGAUGAGCCAGAUCGAGCGUUACCUCUGUCUGAAUCAAUUGGCGUUCAGCGUAAAUCCCCUCUGACUCGAAACCGCAAGACUAGCUCCAUGGAGGUUCUGUCAGAGACUUCGUCCUCUAAAGCAGCCAGCUAUCGCCUUUUCCCCUCAUGCUCGCGCCAGUCUCCAGAGAUGAAGCAGAGUGGAUUAGGCUCUCAGUGUGCAGGUCUCUUCAGCACCACUGUCCUUGGUGGGUCCUCUAGUGCCCCCAAUCUUCAGGAUUAUGCCCGCACACACCGCAAAAAAUUCUCCUCUGGCAAUUUGUCCUAUAAAGAUGAGCCGCUGGAGGAACAGCAGGUAGCCCAGCUUCUCCGGGGCUUCUCCACAGACCCAAAUAUCCGCCACUCGCUCUUUCUGGACAGCACUCUGGCCCACCACCUUCACCAGUGCUACUACCACCUGCGCCUCUUCCGAAACUGGCUAAUCUCCGGCCAGGACCCCUUAGAGUACCUAUACGGAUUUGAAGGCUGCUCCAUGGUGCCCUCUAUCUACCCGCUGGAGACACUGCACAACUCGCUCUCACUCAAACAGGUGGACAGGUUCCUGACAGCAGUGUGUGAGAACGCAGGCUACUCGCACACUAGAACCACUAGAGCUCUCUCGGCUAUGUUUGACUCUCAGAACCAGCCCUCGGUGGACUCGUAUAUUCCUCAGAGAGUGCUGUCGACCUCUGCGUCUCUACGCCAACGCUCCGAGCGUCCUCCCUGGUAUAGCAGCGGUCCUUCCAGCACGGUGUCUAGCGCAGGUCCCUCGUCUCCCAUCACGGCGGACACCUCUCCUCGUUUCAGCUUCAGUGAGAAAGCGGCUCUAACCCCGCAGAGCAGUGAGGAGAUCCACUCGUCCUCACACGUUGCCAGCCAGCCUGCUCUUCCGUCCUCCGAUCUUCCUGAAAGCCUUCCUUCUGACCCAAGUUUUGUCAAUGACCCCCAACCCCAAAGCCCAGACAGACCCGGUGACGUCACCAUGGACAGCACAGCAUCUACAGACUCGCCGCUUCCAGACGGCCCAGAGUGCGUACAGGCCGAGGAGGCUCAGAGUACCACUGAAGCCGAAAUAGACCCCAGUCCUCCCUGCUCUCCUCAAGUUGAACUCAGCAUGACCUUGGAGUCCUUCUCUAACCUGCCUGGAUCUGUGCCUGUGUCUGUGCCAGGGUCUUUACCCGUACUCCUGGAGUUGCGUGAGAGCAGUUCAGAGGCUGGCUCCAGUACCCAGACUCCCCUGAGCCCCGACGAGCCCCAAGAGUUCUUCAACACUCAGGAGACAGUGGAGGUGGACGUGUGGAGGAGUGGCACACGGAGCCUCCCUCACCCCGGCACUCCUGUAGAGGUCGGCGCUCCACGUGCAUCCGAGUCCUGAAGACGAUCGCCCUCUAGACAACACAGCUUGCAUGCUAAUCCAUGCUAACCCAUUCUGGUGCCUCUGUGACUCUGUGCUGUACACCUACUGUAGGUCUCUAAAUGCUUCCGGUCAGGAGGUAAAACAGUUGCCUGGUAAGACAUUGUGGAAGUAGAGGCUGCAUUUCCUGUUGUAGCCUCCUUCUGAAAUUCUGCAUGUCAUUUGUUUCAGUGUGAAGUCUUAGCGCACAUUUCAGAACUAACCGAACCACAGAUUUCCCCAUCGACUUGGUGUCACAUUGAGAACUUUACCUGCCUGUGGCUGUCUGUUAAUGUGGCUAUACGUGCAAUAUAAAUGGACAGUGACCAAGUGAUCAACUCUGUAAAGUGCACUGAGUCCAUGCUGUUUGGGUUUUUGUUUUGAGUAUCUUUGCCAUUUCCAACGGUAAAGCCACCUCUUUGUUUGUUGGAUAUUGGUAUUAAAUUACAGCAGCACCUAGUACUUUAUUGAUAAAUCUGUAUUCAUGCAGUUGGCUGCUAUUUUGCAUACAUUUGAUAGGCCACAUUUUAUUGCACAUUUACUUUUCUUACCUAAUACACAGCGUGGACAAGAACAGAAGACUGAUAUUGUAGCCUACUGACGAUUUUUAUUUAUUUCAUUUUUUUUCUGCCAAAGCUUUCAAUACCACAGUGAUAACUUAUUAAAUGGUAAGGAACUACAUAUCUAUGUACUAUACAUAUAUUUAUCAUUUAAUGCAAAGCAUAUUUUUUAAUAUAGAAACAUAAAUGAAUAAAUUGUCUUAUCUUUUAUCAAUUUUAUAUUUUUCUAAAAACAUACAGUACCGCCACAGUUUUGACUAAGGAGUAAGCUCUUAUCACAACAAGUUCAGGUUUAUUUCCCCCAGGCUUUGUAGCUUUCAGCUCUUAAAUUUAAAAAGAAACGAAAAGAAAGAAAAUGCUCAUUUUCUACCAUAGACACUCGCUGUGCUCGCUUAUCUCAGCCGACGUUUCUGACAUUUUAUUCGAUUUGUUUUUACUGUACAUACAAAGCUUACCGAUGAAAUAAAAUCUUAUUUAAUGUCACUCAGUAAAUAUGCUGCUGCUCAGAUGUUUGCACUGUAAAAUGCUAUAUUGACUAUUGACACAAGCAGAUGAAUAGUCACAUAAAAGGAGGAAUAGUGAUUAAGUGCAUUUCUUGUUGAUUUGUAUCUGAACUAUAGAUGAUGCACAUUAGUGUGGUGUAUAAAAUGUCUGACUUGAGCUUUUCUACUUUGACUGACCUAUAGGUUUGUCUAAUACUACUAUUACACCAUUGUAUACAGAAACUGGGAAAAUGUUUAUUUGAAGUACUGACAUUUCAUUGUAGUAAUUUCCACAGAUGUAAUGUAUUAUUACCCAGUGGGAGAUUAUUUUGAAUUAAAGUUUAUUUGUUUCAUAAUCGCUGACAUAUUAAAUAAUUUUAAGUACAUUGUAUUUGUAGUGCUGCUGGUGCUAUGUUUGCAGUCCGCGUAGUCUUAAUAUAUGUGUAAUUUUCAGUGUUCCAGUAGAAGUCAUAAAAAAUGUUCUGAAUAAAAGUUGAUGUAUGCUA